GUAACAAUAAGUCAGUAUCAUGGAUUCGACGCAGAGACGCCCAUAUCCUGACUGUGGACAGGUACACAUUCAUAGCUGACGAAAGGUUUCAAUCGUUUCUAAUUGAAACAACUGGAACCUGGACCUUACAAGUGAAGUACGUGCAGCAGCGUGACGCUGGAUCGUACGAGUGCCAGGUGUCGGGUUCUUCAGAGAGCGACCGCAAGAUGAGUUCGAUAGUGAACCUACAUGUUGUGGUUCCUCAUACCGAAAUUCUAGGAGAAUCCGAUGUGUAUGUACGAGUAGGAAGCACAGUGGCCCUCAGGUGUCUGGUUAGAGACGCAAUGAUAGCUCCGCCGUCAUACAUCAACUGGUACCACGCGCGGGGUCAGAAUACUGCAGACAUACGGGGACAAAUACACGCCUUGGGCGGCCAGUAUGGAACGCACGCCGGACGAUUCGACG